CCCGAGUGUGUUCGUUGCGUGUCUAGGUACAACAGCCGAUUUCAACUUUUCAGCGGAAUACAAUCCAUAAACCACUUCUACCUAUAUCGCAUAAUACUGUACAUUGUAGUAAUAUUAUAUCGUACACUAUUAAUACUGUCGCGUUUUUACCCCUUAAAAUAAUAUUCUCGUCCGUUUCGUUAUCGAUUUUUUUCUUUGGACACGCUAAAAUAUAAAUGGCACACAACACUGGCGUCAAGCGAGACAUCCCUAUAAAGUUGGGCGACUUCAGCGUGAUCGACUCAGAAUUCAGCAACAUCCGCGAGCGUUUCGACGCUGAAAUGCGAAAGAUGGAAGACGAGAUGACCAAAUUCCGUUCCGAACUCAUGAACAAAGAGUCCAACUUUUUCAAGACCACGUCCAAGACAUCACACGUGGAAGAAAAGUCCUUCUCUCAGAACACAAUCUCGUCGAACCACAGCGAUUUGCCAGCUAGCCGACUAACCGGGGCUACGCCUAGUGGUUGGGUCGAAAGCAUCAACUCUCCGCUGAUUCAAGAAGAUGGCGACAAUAAAAUGUUGAAACUCAGAUUCGAUGUCAGUCAAUAUGAACCCGAGGAAAUCGUCGUCAAGACGGUGGACAACAAACUAUUGGUGCACGCCAAACAUGAAGAAAAAUCAGAUUCUAAAUCCGUGUACAGGGAGUACAACCGGGAAUUCUUACUUCCGAAAGGCACCAAUCCGGAAGCUAUCAAAUCGUCUCUCAGCAAAGACGGCGUGUUGACUGUCGAAGCACCGUUGCCUGCCUUAGGAGGGCCUGAUAAGUUGAUUCCAAUCUCGCAUCAUUAAAUAUUUUUCCACCUAGAGAACCACUUUUAGAAUGCAUAAUCAUUUUAAUUUUAAUUUUAAUAUCUUAAUUUUUAAUUAAUUAAUUUUUGAAAAAAAUAUGUUGUUUUUAAUUCAGUUCAGUAAGUCAUUAUAAUAUCUUUUUCUCCAUUGUUAAAAAAAAAAUCAUACAAUAUAAUCUAAUAAAUAUAUUUAUAUAUAUACAUAAUAUAUAUAUAUAUAUGUUAUCUAUGUAAGCAGCGUUAAAAUUACAGCAUAGAAUUAUUAUUAUACCCAUGCAUAUGAUAUUAUAAAGCUUUAAACAACGCGAUCACGUUGCACACCACAAUAAUACCUAUAAUAAAAUGCUGAAACAUAAUUGAUGCUAGUUCCUACAAUAUUGUUUCUGUAAUCACUCAGUGAAGAAUGAAUAUAUUUUUAUACACAUAAUAUAAUG